AUGGUCCCGGUACCAUUACAAUCAUCUCGAAGAGGAUGGGUGGGCGAGUGUGCCUGGAGCUUUGCAGUUGUAUACGGUGGAAGAGAUCAGAGACACACACACACUGCUCGAAUAGAGGUGUUGGUCACGGCGGUGAUCGAUCGUUCCGAGAUCAUUUCCGGUCGGUCGACGACGAUGACGACUAUAAUGUGUUCUGGCGACAGCGCCGCCGGAUGUAGCUGGUUGAAAAUUAUUAGACCUUUGUUCGUUUUUAUUACUGGCGAACGUUAA